UCCCAGUGGAAACGUAUGUCAUGAAUUAUAGCGAUCGUUCUUAUUUCACUCCCGUCCAAGAAAAAACCUCUGUUUCCUCAUUCGAAGUUCACGACGAGCAAUUUAGCCGGUAUAGUGAGAGUUUGGAGUGAGUCCAAUAGAUGCCGCGUACGACUGCUCGCAGAUGAACGGAGCCAUUUUCAGAGAAUGGCACGAUUGUUGUGGAGCAGGGAUGGUCGGUCGGUCUGUCGAUCCACAAAUGACUCUGGCACUAACGGCUCAAAUUAUUUGCCAUAUCGGACGUCAUUUCAGUUCAUCGUGUUGUUCUAGUUUUAUGGAAUCAGAUGUUGCAGAGGCCGCACAUGUUGCCGACUGGAAAAAAAUUUAUUGCAGAUGCUGGUGUACGGCACGUGCACUUGUUCUGUGUUUUCUGUCGACCACGGAUCUCAGCAUUUCUACACGUCUGGUAUAUAGUACUAAUAAGAAUCAGGAAGUCCCUCUUUCUUCAGUAGCUGAUGAAUACUUUGUAUCAUACACGUCUUGGAAUUUUUCAGUAUCCUAUGGCCGCUCAACUUUUCUACAAAAUAUGUAAACUGGUGAAACCUGCUUUCUCUGAUCAAUACACUGCAAUACUGAAGAUUUCCCUGGUGAGUUGAGCAAACUAUUUGACUCCGUUGUCCUGGGCUUUGUAGAAUAAUGGCCUUUUUGUUUCUCCUACAUUGGAGGAGUACUCAAUGCUGAGAGUUAUAUUGAAGAAUCAAUGCUAAUCAGAAGCAAUUUAGUCCUGUCGCGUGGUUUAGGUGUCUUCCAAUUUCCAAAUUUCGAGAGGUGUGUCUAGUAAUUGAAACCUCGAGAAUAAGAGAUGGUCGUUUUUACUGGCAAUUUUCGGGGCUUGUACUGUUUUGCAACUAACCUUCUUCGUUUCGUUCUCUCCCUGUAGUGUCUGGUUAUUUCAAAGGUAGCCUGUUGAUAUCUUGGGUGUGAUCUUCCUUGAAGUGUAAGCGCGAAUGACAUGUAUCAUAGAUCUUUAUGCUUUGUUUGACAUGUAGGGAGAAAAAGAGUAGUAUUCUCAUUCUUGUUCACAUUCCAGGACGUUCAAAGUGGACGACAAAGCAUUGACGAAAGUAACAAAGUUGCUCUUGAUAAUUGAAAUAUGAACAUCGUUUCAAAGAAUACGGUAGCAUGUGAAAAUGCACAGAUUUAAUAGACAUAUUGGUCUUGCAAUUGGCGAAUCUCUAAGCUUUCGAGUGUCUUUUAAGUUUUGCUUCCGACGAGUGGUAUGGUGUCUCUUCAGCACUCGAUCUUUCUUGUACACAGGUCAAAUUUUUCAUAAAAACAAAACCACAACGACUCCGACCUAUCGCGCUACGCACCGAAUUCGGUUGGAGAUCAUUUUUAA